CUUUACCUGCGUGUUCCGCUGUUUCCCGUGCGACCCGUCCUGCGGGAGCGCCUCCUGGGCCACCCCCGACUUCAGCCAGCGCUCAGUGGCUCCAAUGGUGAAGAUGACAAGGUCCAAGACUUUCCAGGCAUAUCUGCCUUCCUGCCACAGGACCUACAGCUGCAUCCACUGCAGGGCUCACCUGGCCAACCACGAUGAGCUCAUUUCCAAGUCCUUCCAGGGCAGCCAAGGACGAGCGUACCUCUUCAACUCCGUAGUUAACGUGGGCUGUGGCCCUGCAGAGGAGCGGGUGUUAUUAACAGGACUGCACGCCGUGGCAGAUAUUUACUGUGAAAACUGCAAAACCACGCUGGGCUGGAAAUAUGAACAUGCUUUUGAAAGCAGCCAGAAGUAUAAAGAAGGCAAAUACAUCAUUGAACUGGCUCACAUGAUCAAGGAUAAUGGCUGGGAUUGAGAGCAGAGCCAGCCCCAGCAGCGUGCACGAGACGCCAUCAACCGAACAUUUAUCGAGAGUGAGAGAGUGACUGAACGCUUGGUUCCAUGCAUUUAGAGGCUCUGCAACCCGGGAGCAUCUUCACACCCUUCUCCAUCUUUAUUGUGGACCAACAGCACAAACCACUGGACUGUGUUUUGCUGAGCAAGGAGCUGUUCAAGAACUGUUUAAUUCUCGGGGUUUGGUGCACUUCAAACCACACAGGAAAAAAAAACCAACCCAAACCCUGUGAAAUCAAACCUGUUGUUCUCGUGAUGAUCAAGUGAGAAUUUCCUCUGUAAGUGUGUGAAUCAUGCAUUUCACUGCACUCCCCUGCUUUGGGAGCAGUUUUGGGAUGAAGAGGGGACACCAAACACAAGCUCAGCUCAGUGGGAAGGAGCUCUGGGAGAGGCCUCAGUGCUCAGAAACAAUCAGGUUAGACAGAGGUUUUCUGCAGAAAUCCUGGU